AUGCGGUCGUACCGCCUACCACUCUAUGCGUGGAGUCUGUGGUCGACAGUCUCUGCCCAAUCCACCUUCAAAGCGCAGGCCCAAUCAGCACUAGAAAGCCUCGCGAUCACGAACAUUGACGAUGUUCGUGGGAAUCUUCAUCUACCAAGCGUCUCAGAGAACCAGAACGUCACAUGGAUGAGCAACAAACCUUCCGUAAUAUCAGCAGACGGCGUGGUUCAGCGACAAAGUGCCGACACUGUAGUUGAUCUUACAGCGAUUAUCGACAGCGACGGCACGACCUCGAAUCGCACCUUCAGUGCCAACGUACGUCAGGCGGUCAAACUUGAUGCUUUUGAAGGUUAUGCCUUUGCGUAUUUUACGGGCAACUCGUUGGCUGGCGAGAAGAUCUAUCUUGCAGCCAGCGAAGGCAACAACGCUUUAGCUUGGAAAGAACUCAACAACGGCGAGCCUAUCCUUGCCUCUACUGAAGGCACGAAGGGGUUACGUGACCCCUUCGUCAUACGUUCUCCAGAGGGCGAUAGAUUCUUCCUGCUAGCUACCGACUUGUCGAUUGGAUCCGGUACUUCCUGGGGAGAUGCAGUUCGCAAAGGUAGCUUGUAUCUAGAGAUCUGGGAGUCAAGCGACCUCAAGACAUGGUCUCAGCAACGGCACGUCAAGGUCUCCCCUUCCACUGCUGGAAACACAUGGGCGCCAGAGGCGUAUUACGAUACGGAUCUUGGUUCGUACGUAGUCUUUUGGGCGUCCUCUCUCUACGCUGAGAGCGAUACGGACCGCACAGGGGCGACGUACCACCGCAUGCUCUACGUGACUACUCGGGACUUCGUCACGUUCAGCGAACCCGAGAUCUGGCAGGACGCAGGCAUGUCACGGAUCGAUACUACGGUCAUACAAGAGGCGAAUACAUUCUACCGGUUCACAAAAGACGAAGGAGGCACAGGCACAAACUGCUCCGACAUUAUCCAAGAGCGUUCUGACUCGCUCCUUGCUCCUGUACAGUCCUGGACCCAAGUUGCCACAUGCAUUGGUCGCAACGCCGGCACUAGCAGUGUCGAGGGACCGACAGUGUUCAAAUCCAAUCCAGGCGAUGUCAAUGGCGAGAAGUACUACCUCUUUGUGGAUGAGUACGGUGGACGUGGAUACAUUCCGCUAGAGACAGCAGACAUCUCCAACCCUGACUGGAAGGUUUCCAGUUCAUACAAAUUGCCGACUAGCCCACGUCAUGGCACUGUGGUUCCAGUAACGGCAAAAGAACUUGCUGGUCUGACUGCGGAGUCAAAACGUUCUGUCCUUGCUAAGACAGCAGGCAGCCCUGUCCUUCCCGGUUUAUACGCAGACCCCAACAUCGCGGUAUUCGGUGAUAACUACUACAUCUACGCGACGACGGAUGGCUUCCCUGGCUGGGGCGGUAAUGUCUUCUACGUCUGGAAGUCACCUGACCUAGUCUCAUGGACCCGAUCAGCCGAACCUUUCUUGACCCUCAAUGGUACCAGCGGUAACGUACCUUGGGCCAACGGAAAUGCCUGGGCCCCCACCAUUAUCGAGAAGGACAGUAAGUAUUACUUCUACUUCAGCGGAAACAACCCGGAGUACGACCGCAAGACUAUCGGCGUGGCUGUUGCAGACGCGCCUGAAGGACCGUUUACAGCACAAGCGAAAGCUAUGAUCCUUAACGAAGGCAAUGUUACCACUGGCCAAGCCAUUGAUCCAGACGUGUUUCAAGACCCAACUACUGGCAAAUACUACAUUUUCUGGGGCAACGGAGGCUCAGACAUCACACCCGCGCUUUACGCUGAGCUCAGUGACGACAUGCUCUCGCUAAAGGCUGACACAACGCGUUCCAUUGGCGGUCUUCCUGACUUCCGCGAGGGCAUCUUCAUGAACUACCGCAAGGGCCUCUUCCACCUCACAUACUCUAUCGAUGACACUGGUUCCGAGAACUACCGAGUAGGGUACGCGACGUCUACAAGCGUUCAUGGCCCCUGGACAUACCACGGUCUCAUACUACAGAAGGAUGCCUCGAAGGGUAUCCUCGCUACUGGUCACAGUUCCAUCAUCAACGUCCCAAACACCGACGAUUGGUAUAUCUGCUACCACCGAUUUGCCAUCCCGAACGGCAACGGAACGAACAGGGAAGUCACCAUCGAUAGACUGUACUUUGAUGAUCAAGGCUUGAUGAAGCCCGUUGUGCCUACUCUAGAAAGUGUACCGGCGCAGCCGAUCUCUGCGUAG